AUAUUAUACAAUGAAUGUUAGAGCGCGUUGUAAAAAGAGUUCUGUCUCUUUAAGAAAGUCCGAGGCUGUCUUCUUGACGCUUGCUUUUGACGUCAGAACCACUCGCCGUGCCACAUGUGUCGAAGGAGUCGAUUUGUUUGUAGAAUUUCCCCCCAAACAUCUUGGAAUGGACAUAUAACUUUAUGGAUAAAGAUAAUAUUUUACAUGGAAAUAUACUGUUCACUCUUACAAAGUAAGAAUCACAUGAAAUGAAAGUGUUUUGCGGUCAGUGCUUUAAAGAGUAACGUGAGUGGAUCGCCGCUGAGUGAACGUUUUAGUCUCAUUUUAGUCUCUGAUAGCUGUCACAUCUAAUUAUGGCUCUUCUGGAGAAUAAUGAAGUUACAGCAGACCUAGAAACACAACCCAUGGUCGAUGAAGAAGAGUUGAAUGACUCUAAACGAGAGGAAGAUGAGAAGCAGGAGGAGAAUGCAGGCGAUGCUGAGCAGGAGAUGAACUGUGAAGAUGACAGUGCUGAUGGUGAAGCUCUUGAUCUGGAUAUAAAUGAAGAAGAUGACUCUGAGAAACCAAAGGGCAAGAAAUGUAUCCCUGGUAUCGUGUAUUUGGGACACAUUCCUCCGAGGAUGAGACCAAAACACAUGCGGACUAUGCUGAGUGUGUACGGAGAGAUCGGGAGGAUCUUCCUUCAGCCUGAAGAUCGUUGUGUGAAAAGGAAGAAAAAGAAAGCAGGAAGCAAUUCAUCCAGUUUCACGGAGGGCUGGGUGGAAUUCAGAGACAAGCGCAUUGCUAAAAGAGUCGCAGCCAGUCUGCACAACACACCAAUGGCCAACAAGAAGAGGAGUCGCUUCAGCAGUGACCUGUGGUCCAUGAAGUACCUGCACAGGUUCCAGUGGUGCCAUCUCAGCGAACGAUUGGCUUACGAGCAGACAGUGUAUCAUCAGCGUAUGAGAACAGAAAUAUCCCAGGCCAAGAAGGAGACUAACUUCUACCUGGCUAGUGUGGAAAAGAGCCAGAGGCUGGAGAGUCUAAGGAAGAAGAAGGAGAAGAAGGGAGAGGUCAUAGAGGAGAAGACGUGGGACUACAAACAGCGACCUACAGAAGAAGAGAUCCACCUGAAACGCUUUAAGAAUAAAGGCUUGUCCAAGAAGAACCUCCAGAAGGCACAAGAGAAGAGCAAAACCAUCCAGGACAAAGCUCAGUCUAACGUUUCACUCCUGGCCAAGAUCUUCAGUAGUGGAAGGGCUCAGGACUGAUGUUUUGGGGAAUCGCUUAUUUUUUUUGUAUUUCUGUACAUGCUUUUCAACAUACAAUCUUUCAACACAUCGACACAGAACUUAUGUAGACCUCAUGUAGAUUGUUCUGAUUGACUGUUUCAUACAUUCAGAAUAAAAACACUGCACGACUCUACUUCUAUUUCUAUCAAUUUUCCCAUGAAAAGAGGCUUAACAUCUUCUGAAAGAGUAAUGCAUUGUUCAUUCAUUAAAUAGUUCUCUAAUUCUA